GAAUUUAAAUAUUUUCACCCCUUCGUGUCGCGUGGCAUUACUCUUGUUUCCUGGGCUACACCCGCCUCACGGAGUAUUUAAAGUUGGGGUUCUCCUCUCCAUGCUCCAGUCUAGCCCUCGAGCCCUGCAGCGAGUCAACAGAACCAAAUGACUGAAGAGCGCUUGAAAAGGGAAUCUCCUGUCUGUCUGUCUCACUGAACGAAAACAAACGUGUUGUCGUGUGCACGCUGUUGAAAUAAACUAGCAACAAUGUCUGAGGAAAUUAUCACCAGAAUUGGCCUCCUUCUCCUCAUCAUCUGCUCGACAAUGGCCCAGGACUGUUCUGAUCCCUGUGACUGCCCGUCGGACCCCUCUCCAUGCCCGUUUGGUACCAGCCUGGUUCUGGACGGCUGUGGAUGCUGUAAGGUGUGCGCCAGGCAGGCCGGCGAGCCCUGUACCCACCUGGAGCCGUGUGACCACCACAAGGAGCUGUACUGUGACUAUGCAGUGCUGAGUGACACCGAGCACGGCAUCUGCAUGGCCCAGGAAGGCCAGACGUGUGACCUGGGAGGGGUCAUCUACCGCAGUGGCGAGAGCUUCCAGCCCAGCUGCAAGCACCAGUGUGUCUGUAUGAACGGAGAGAUCGGCUGCGUGCCAACCUGUGCCAGCGACGUGCGGCUGCCCUCCCCAGACUGCCCGUACCCACGCCGCAUCCAGAUCCCUGGGAAGUGCUGUGAGGAGUGGGUGUGUGAUCAGAGCCCUCAGGACAACCCCUAUCAGUCAGCCAUGGCUGGAUCUGAAAUUCACCCCUUGGUCUCUUCUUCCCUUCUGUCAGUCUACAGAGAGGUGUCAGCCCACGGGCCGGUCCCGGCGGAGAGCCCCAGGGAGAACUGCAUAGUCCAGACCACCAAAUGGGACGAGUGCUCGGCCACCUGCGGCAUGGGCGUGUCGUCCCGCGUCACCAACGACAACGAGCGGUGCCAGCUGGAGAGGCAGACCCGUGUCUGUAUGACCCGGCCCUGCCACGUGGAGCAAGAGAAGGACAUCAAGAGAGGGAAGAAGUGUGUACGGACCCCCAAGUCCCAGCGCGGCAUUCGCUUCGCGCUGUCAGGCUGCAGCAGUAGCAGGAUGUACAAGCCCAAGUUCUGUGGCGUGUGUACGGACGGUCGCUGCUGCAGCCCCCACACCACCAUCACCGCCAAGGUGGAGUUCCGCUGCCCCGAGGGAGACACCUUCAGGCGCAAGAUGAUGUUCAUCAAGACGUGCUCCUGCCACCACGACUGUCCACGAGACAAUGACAUCUUCCUGGCUUCGCACUCACGCAGAAUGAUCGGGGACUAUGACAACGAUAUGUAACCGACGUGGCUGCCAUUACAGACGCACUGCACGGAUACAUAUGCAUACACAAACACACCGACAAGCACAUAAACACAUCAGCCCACACACACACACACACACACACACACACACACUGAUAAAACUACUUCACAUCACUCCCCCACACCCUCACACACACCCAUAGGCAGCUUUUUGAAUUCCUAGACCCCACAUCUCUACCUUCCUACCCAUAGACAUGUCUACCUAGUAGUGAGACUGAAAAAAGGUAUGUGUGAGUUCAAGCAUGAGAUUGACUCUUUUAGGUUUUGUUUUGUUUGUUUUGUUUUGUUUGUUUUGUUUUGUUUGUUUUGUUUUGUUUGUUUUAACGCGCAGCUCUAAAGUCACCUGGCUGUUUGACUGGUCUGCCUGUAUCUCUACAGAGAUACUGUAGGGUGGAUCUGACGCACUGAAGACUCAAUGUUAGAGACACUUACCACAUCACUUAGGAAGGUAUAUAUUUAUAUUCACUGCUAAAGUGCUAUAGGACCAUAACAUGGUAGUGUACAGAGGAGCGAAAGGCACUGAACGGAGACACUUACUCAACCGAAUGUCAACAUUUUGACAUAAAAUGUUAGAAUACGACAUAAAAAAAAGAAGCUUUUUUUCAUAUGUUAAAUAUUAACAAUACAGAAAAUAGUUUGGGAUAUAUUAUAAUACUGGUAUGUGCCUCGACUGAUCUGCAUAAUAUUGAGUGAAUAUAUAAUUAUAUACAACUGACAGGAAACUAUUGGAAAUGUUUCUGAUUGAGUCUUUUAACUUCGACGUGGAUGUUACUUAAUAUCUCUAAUUAUUUAGUCACUUCAUUAGUUGUUGACCACUGAUAUAUUUUCAGUUUAGUCCAAUGUUAAGACUUUGGGUCCCUAAAAGUUGCUGUGUCUGACCCUUGAAUUCACCUUCACAGCAUGGUCAAAAAGAGAAAUAAAAUUGAAAAAAUCCAAAGACAAAACACUAGUCCAAAAACACAAAAAAGUGGCUUGGCUGAAGAAUGUAAAUAAUAUUGUUUACUGUUUAUUUAAAAAAGUAUAGAAAGAACAAAGGAAAGACUGAAAUUCUGCAUUUGACGAAUUCACCUAAAUACUGUAAGACUGUGUACAGUUUAGUACUAUAAUUUAUGUACCCAGUUGUUGUUGUUUUUAUUAAUAACACCAUGUUGUUGUUUUAAGUAAUAACACCAUGUUGUUGUUUUAAUUAAUUACACCAUGUUGUCGGUUGUUGUUGUAUUUGUAUCAUACUUGUUUUUCACUGUAACCACCUGGCCAAGAUACAAGUGAGUUCCUAUUUGUUGCACUUUUGUCUAUUUCUAAUUAAAUAAAUUAUAUAUUUUUAUACAUAAA